CAAAUGAAGAGAUGUGUGCAGUGGAGGUAAUGGUGUUGCCUCAUGUGGUAAGUCCAAGUCAAUCAUUACACACACACAUGCAUAGUUUUUUUUGAGUCGGUAGUUUGACUUUUGAAACACUAGCUCGCUUACUAAGUUGAAACGCACCGACGAAGCUUCCAUUUCAACUUUGUUGCAGGUAGGUCUCAGCACUGGGCCUCUACGUGCGAAUCAGUAAUCAGUUUUGACUUAUGGCAACUUGUGAAUGUAGCUAAUAAAGCCUAUUGACUCUGUGAUCCAUUGAUUUUCGUUUACAUGAUGAACUCUCCGAUUAGCAUUGUGUCAAGAUACUGUCCCCACCAAAAGUCUCGGAAAGGCAAAAUAAAUUCCUUUGUUUUUGUUGUAUACUUUUGACAUUUAGAUUUUAGCUCAAAAGAUGAAUAGAAGGUUGGAAGAGGUUUUGAGGAAUGGUGCAAUUGUCAUUCACCUCAAAAAGGUGUCAUGGACAGGCAACCACAGAAGGUGGAACCAGGUUGUUUUUGGUUAUAACUGGUGCAAUGCAAAAGUGGCAUUGGAGAACCACUGGAAAACUGCUGUAUAUAUGUUUUUCCUGCUCUCAGGCAAUCUCUUUCAGGCAUCAAUGGCUCGUGUUCUUUCUCUGAUCCGGCCUCAACCAUUCUUGGCUCUCUUGGGGAGGAGGAAAAUGUCACUACACUGCCGGGCGCGUGAGUUGUUUGCGGCGGCAGUGGAAGCUGUGCAGCCGGAUGUUGCCAUUCGGCAGGGUUUGCAACGCCAAGACGACUCCGUGGUGGUUAUUGGCAGCGGCACUCGCAAAUUCACGCUAAGAAACAAUGUGCAUGUCGUGGGGUUUGGAAAAGCGGUGCUUGGCAUGGCCACCGAAGCAGAGAGGAUUCUGGGAGAUCACUUGGUGGGAGGAAUCAUCAGCGUGCCACAUGGCAUUCAGCAGACAUUACGGCAGCAUGGCAAACACCACCUGCUGUUAAAAGAAAAAAGCCGUAUCCAAGUCAUGGAGGGCGCGCAACACAAUCUGCCCGAUGCCAACGCUCAGAAGGCAGCAGAAUGCAUUGCUCAGCUAGCACGUGCGCUGACGGAGAAAGACCUGCUUCUUGUGCUGAUUUCAGGUGGGGGUUCUGCAUUGCUACCUGCACCCAUCUCGCCAAUAACGCUCAAAGAAAAACUGGAUAUCACCCGUAAACUGGCGGCCGCUGGCGCCACCAUUCAGGAGCUGAACACGGUACGACGCGCCCUCUCCGUGUUAAAGGGCGGAGGACUGGCACAGUGCGCUCACCCGGCUCAGGUGUUGGCUUUGAUACUGUCAGAUGUGAUCGGCGAUCCACUUGACCUGAUAGCAAGCGGCCCCACAGUGCGGGUUCCUGUAUGUCGUGAGGAGGUGCUGGCAGUCCUUGAGCGCUACAAUUUGCUUGACUCUGUCCCUCUCUCUGUGGAGGACGUGUUGGGUAGACUUAGUCCACGAAAAGAAGUUGAACAAGAUGAGGCAGGGCACGUUACCAAUUACGUGAUCGGCUCGAACAGCGUUGCCCUCCAGCGUGCGGGCCGCCAAGCACUUGAGCUGGGUUUCCGCCCAAUUGUACUAUCACCAACAGUGUGCGGAGAUGUGAGGUCAGUGUCUCAUCUUUAUGGCCUCCUGGCCCGUUUUGCCUGCUCCCGUGAGGAAAAUCCAUCCGAGCUCACCGCAGAGGUGCUGAAGCUGGGACCGGCAGUGGGAGUAGAGAGUGGGGACCUGCGUCGUGUCAUGCAGAGUUUGCAGGAGGCCCGUUCGCGGGGAAAGGGCACGACGUGCGUGUUGGCGGGGGGCGAGCCCACCGUGCAACUGACGGGAAACGGCUGUGGGGGUCGCAACCAGGAGCUAGCUAUGAGAGUGGGACUGGAGCUGAGAGGCUUGCACCCCUUGCCAGACAGUCCCGUCUUCCUGAGUGGCGGAACUGACGGUCAGGACGGCCCUACCGAGGCGGCGGGCGCCAUCACGGAUGCAGGCUUGUAUGAAGAGGCCCAAAAACAACAGCUCGACAUUGUCAGCUUCCUUAAAAACAACGAUUCCUUUACUUUUUUUACACAUCUCUCUGGUGGACGCAACUUAGUUGUCCCAGGUUUAACCUGCACCAAUGUCAUGGAUGUGCACAUUCUGCUAAUUCCACACAGUGCCAAAUAGGACUGAGAGUGUAAUUUGAGCUGAAUCCACAACAGUGAACCCUUGCCAUUUGUGGACCAAGUCCCCCACAGUUCUGUGUCCAAACUUUUUUGUUUGAGGGCCACAUACAUAUAAAUGGAAAGAUGAAAGGGCCACUUUAAGAUUCUUCAACUUUUUGAAUUGCGCUGAAGUCAGUCAAGAAAGCAAUUAUAUAUUGUUUGUAUUGUCUAAUUAAUAUCAGCAUCUUUCUGUUUAAGGUCUGAAGGGAAAUAGUUGAGAAAUUUUCCAUGUUUUAAAGGUGGCCCUUUAUCUCACCGAAUAUUCAGCUCUGCAUUUAACAGCAACUGAAUCACAUCUCCACAUUCACAGCCAAAAAAAAAAACAACAAACUGUAGUAAGAUGGCCAUUUUUCAGUUCCUGGGGGAUCAUGAAUGUGAUGUCUUCAGAAAUCAGCCAUAGAGCACAAUGUGAAAUAAACAAGUUUGCCUCUAAAA